UUUGUCUCUUUUCUUGACGAAUGUCGUGACUUGCAUUCGUAAGCAAUGGCGUUUCUGCGUAACCUAGUUCAGACUUUUCGGGAUGAACGUUCCCGUCGAGACAAGGCACGAGCUAUCGCAACCGAAAUCUUGAACACUUACGAUGAGCUCCAAGCUCUGAAUUCGUUGGAGCCAGGUCCAAAGGUCAACGAGCUUUUGACAAACCUAGUCGGGCUAUGCGCGUCUAGCCAAGAUGAGCGUGUCGUGAACAUGACCAUACAGGUCCUCGGCUCCAAGCCUCUUCGGCGAGUCCUUUUGGAGCUCCGCGACAUGUGCUCGACGGCCGAGUUCCACCUCGAGUCCCACUGGUCGAAGCGCAUCCACAGUCGCGAGGAGGCAUGCGACUCUGGAGUUUGGGAACCUGACGCGUGGGACCGCCUUCGAGCUUUCCCAUACUUCGGUAACUACGAAGAGCUGGUGCGAAUCGAGCUUGCGGCAAUAUAUACCGUCCUCCACGCACCUCCAGCAAAGAUUGCCUAUAUCGGCUCCGGGCCCUUGCCCCUAACGUCAUUCUGCCUGCUCCAAGCACUGACAGAGGGGCCAAAUCCUUGGGGGACUAGUAGCCCUACUGAGAUCUUGAACAUUGAUCGGAGCUUAGAUGCCGUGGCUACUUCCAAGGCAUUGGCGCAAGACCUGGGUCUAGUCGAGAAGGGCAUGCAAUUCACAGCGUCGGAUGCUGACGAUGAGGCGUUGGAUCUGAGGGGGUUUCCAGUCGUCUGCCUGGCUGCACUGGUCGGAUCGACACAGAGUGAAAAGGAAGGGUUACUCUGCAGCAUCGCAAGCCGGAUGGAUGCUGGUGCGAUACUGGUGACACGGUCCGCUUGGGGUUUGAGGAAGUGUUUAUAUCCCGAGUUGCACAUUACCGACCGGCUACUGGAGCAUCUAGAGGUCUGUCUCGUGCUUCACCCACAUGGCCAUGUUAUCAACUCAGUCGUUGUGUUUCGUGUGAAGCCUGGGCCCAAAGCCGGAUAAGACUCUAGUAACUCACCACGACAGAUUCCUUGGUCCUGAGUAUAUUCAGAGUACUAGCAUUGUUGCGGAGCGGGAGUUUGGGGCAGGAUGACACUCACUAAUUAGACCUUGUUUUUGGAUCUUUGCCAUGGUGAUCCGCCCUCAUCGCGCCGUGAUCUAAUGUUUGGUUUGCAAGCCUUCGAAGAUCUGUGCCAAUGAUGGCAAAGGCGAUCUGAUAUAAAACAAUCACUUUGUUUACGAAUCGACAAUGACUUACAGGCAAAUAUGGCCGUAGUCCCUCAACACGUUUCGCAGCUCUUGCUUUCAUCAGGACUUGCUUGAUUAUAAAU